AUGGGCAGCGACUACUUGGGCAUGGUCACCACUUUAGGGGGCACGGCCUCCUUGAAAGUGGGCAAGGGGUUGCCAGGCAGCUCUCAGGUUAUCGUGGUGGGCAGGCAGACAGUUGCAGCCUCGGGCUGGUGGCUGGAGGCCUGGAAAUGGUAUUACAAAGCAGGGUUCAACAAACUGGGGUUAAUGCAUGACCAUACAAUGUAUAAGGACACGGACGCAAAGAAAGCCAUCAGGAGGCUUCCCAAGAACCCGUACAACAACAGCAUGUCCCACAUCAAGAGAACCCUGUACUUGACCAUGAGGGCGCAGACCCUGCCCAAGGAGCAGUGGACAAAAUACGAGGAGGAUAAAUUCUACUUUGAACCAUAUCUGAAAGAGGUUAUUCAGGAAAGAAAAGAUAGAGAAGAGUGGGCAAAGAAAUAA